CCCUCGUAUAAAUAGCUCCCUGCAAGGUCGGAUCCAACCAGUUUCCACGUGGUGAUGGACAGGAAGGCUGGCCCCGGAGCGCGUCUUGGUUUCGCGGCUCAGGUGCUACUCGUGGCUUUCCGGUUGUGCACGGCGCAAGGCGGAUCGCCCUGUGCUAUCAGCCAGCGACGUACUCUCUGCAACGCUCACUCUCUUUGCUACAAUUUCACCAUCGAUCCUCACCCCAGUCCUGGAGAGCCGUGGUGUGAGGUUCAAGGCCAGGUCGAUGGGAAUGUUUUUCUCUCCUAUCACUGUGGUGGCACCAAGAUCCAAUCCACAAGUCCAUUGGGAGAGGAGGUGAAAACUACACACACUUGGGAAACACAGACAGAAACACUGAGAGACAUCGGGGACUUCCUCAAGGGGCAAUUUCCUGACAUUAUACCGGAGAAACACACGGCCAGAGACCCUCUGACCCUGCAGGGCAGGAUGACAUGCCAUUGUGAAGAGAAUGGACACAUCAAUGGAUCCUGGCAGUUCGGCUUCAAUGGAGAAAUGUGCGUCCGCUUUGAUUCAGAGAAUGGGCACUGGACAAUAGAUCAUUCUGGAGGGAGACAGAUUAAAGAGAAGUGGGAGAAUGACAGAGCUGUGACCGACUUCUUCAAGAAGGUCUCCAUGGGAGACUGUCGGGCCUGGCUUCAGGAUUUUAUGGUGCUCUGGGAGAAAAUGUUGAAGACCUCAGCAUCACUGACCACAGGCCCCCCGACAGUGCAGUCCAUGGCCACAGCCAUCAAGUCCAAACCCUGGAUCCUCCCCGUGGUCCUCAUCAGUUUCAUCAUGUUUUCCUAGGCUGAGUCCUUUCCAGGAGCAGGUGAUGCUGCUCCCAGGAAGCCCCAACAGGUGCUCUGUCAGCCUCAGGACUCAGUCUUUGCUUGGCCGCCUUUGAUCUCCUGCUGUUUGCAUAGUUUGCAUAUUUUUUAAUACAAAUCUUUUAAUGAGA